AGGAACUGCCGGGGGAACCCCAACUGCCUGGUGGGCAUCGGGGAGCACGUCUGGCUGGGCGAGAUCGACGAGAACAGCUUCCACAACAUCGACGCCCCCAACUGCGAGCGCCGCAAGAAGAACGCGUUCGUGGGCUUAACGAACCUCGGCGCCACGUGCUACGUGAACACUUUCUUGCAGAUGUGGUUUCUUAACUUGGAGCUCCGGCAAGCCCUCUACUUGUGUCCCAGCACCUGCAGCGAGUAUGCAGCUGGAGAGGGCAUUCCGAAAGACAAAGACUACGAACCUCAGACCAUUUGCGAACACCUGCAGUACUUGUUCGCCUUGCUGCAGAACAGCAAAAGGCGAUACAUCGAUCCCUCUGGAUUCGUCAAAGCGCUGGGCCUGGACACGGGACAGCAGCAGGAUGCCCAGGAGUUUUCAAAGCUGUUCAUGUCGCUGCUGGAAGAUACUUUAUCGAAACAAAAAAACCCAGAUGUUCGAAACAUAGUGCAGAAGCAGUUCUGUGGAGAGUACGCCUACGUCACGGUCUGCAACCAGUGUGGCAGGGGGUCCAAACUCGUCUCCAAAUUUUAUGAGCUGGAGUUAAACAUCCAAGGGCACAAGCAGUUGACAGACUGUAUAACAGAAUUUCUUAAGGAAGAAAAAUUAGAAGGGGACAAUCGUUACUUCUGCGAAACUUGUCAGAGUAAACAGAACGCCACGAGGAAGAUCAGGCUGCUGAGUCUCCCCUGCACGCUCAACCUGCAGCUGAUGCGUUUCGUGUUUGACAGAGUGAGGGUUGAGCGCGUGCAUGAGCUUCUCCGGGGGUGCCCACUGGCACUUCAAGGGAGUUACUCCAAGAUCGCAGAAUCACAGAAUGAGCUGCUUGACAUGGAGCCUUUUAUGGAACAAAAAAACAGCGUCUACGUGUAUGAGCUCAGCGCUGUCCUCAUCCACCGCGGCGUGAGCGCGUACUCCGGGCACUACAUCGCCCACGUGAAGGAUCCACAGACGGGCGAGUGGUACAAGUUCAACGACGAAGACAUAGAAAAGAUGGAGGGGAAGAAACUGCAGCUGGGGAUUGAGGAAGAUUUAGCAGAACCUUCUAAAUCCCAGACUCGUAAACCGAAGUGCGGGAAGGGGACUCACUGCUCGCGCAAUGCCUACAUGCUGGUGUACAGGCUGCAGACCCGGGAGAAAUCGCUGACGAUCGAAGUCCCAGCUUUCCUGCAGGAGCUGGUGGAGCGUGAUAACUGCAAGUUUGAGGAGUGGUGCAAUGAAAUGGCCGAGAUGCGCAAACAGAGUGUGGCCAGGGGCAAAAUCAAACACGAAGAGGUGAAGGAGCUCUACAAAAGGUUACCCGCUGAAGCUGGUUCCCCGUACGACUUCAUCUCUCUCGAAUGGCUGCAGAAAUGGCUGGAUGAGUCCACUCCUCCAAAACCGAUAGAUAACACAGCCUGCCUGUGCUCACACGGCAAGCUCCAUCCCGAUAAAAUACCCAUUAUGAAGAGGAUCUCGGAGUACGUGGCUGACUUCUUCUACAGGAGAUACGGAGGAGGGCCCCGGCUAAACGUCAAAGCACUUUGCAAGGACUGCGUGGUGGAAAGGUGUCGAAUCCUGCGGCUGAAAAACCAGUUAAAUGAAGACUACAAAACCGUUACGAACUUGCUGAAGCUGACAGUCAAGGGGAACGACGGGUUUUGGGUUGGAAAAGCGUCCUUGCGGAGCUGGCGUCAGUUGGCUCUGGAGCAAUUAAAUGAGCAAGACGAAGACGCGGAGCACAGUAAUGGCAAAAUGAAUGGAAAUGCACAAAACAAAGAUGAAUCAAAUGAAAAGAGAGAGGAGGAAGUGGAGUUAAAUUUUAAUGAAGACAUCGUUUGCCCACACGGUGACCUGUGCAUCUCUGAGAACGAGCGGAGGGUGGUUUCGAAGGAAGCCUGGGAGAAACUCAAGCAAUAUUUUCCAAAGGCCCCUGAAUUCCCAAACAACAAAGAGUGCUGUUCCCAGUGCAAGAUUUUGGAGCGCGAAGGGGAGGAAAACGAAGCUCUGCAUAAGAUGAUGGCCAGCGAGCAGAAAACUUCUCUCCAGAACCUGUUUCACGAUAAAUGCAGACCUUGCCUGGGCAGCUGGCCUCAGGAGACAGAUGAGCUGUAUAUUGUUUCGCAGUUCUUUGUAGAAGAAUGGAGGAAAUUUGUCAGGAGGCCGACGCGAUGCAGCCCCGUGUCCUCGGUCGGAAACAGCGCUCUGCUCUGCCCCCACGGCGGCCUCAUGUUCACCUACGCUUCCAUGACCAAAGAAGACUCCAAACUUAUAGCUCUAAUAUGGCCCAGCGAGUGGGAGAGGAUUCAAAAACUCUUUGUCGUGGAUCACGUCAUCAAAAUCACCCGAACGCAAGCUGCCGGGGCGGACCCCGAGGGCGCGCUUUACACCUCUGAGCCCCAACUCUGUCCGGAGUGCAGAGAAGGGCUGUUAUGCCAACAGCAGCGGGACCUGCGUGAGUACACCCAGGCAACCAUCUACAUCCAUAAAGUGGUGGAUAAUAAAAAGGUAAUGAAGGACGCUGCUCCUGAGCUGAACGUGAGCAGCUCCGAAGCUGAAGAGGAAAGGGAGGAAAACAAGCCAGAGGGGGAGCAAGACCCAGAUUUUAACCAGGCCGACGGCGGCGUGAAACGCCAGAAGAUCUCGCACCAGAGCUACGUCGCUUACCAAAAGCAAGGCAUCAGGCGGAGCACCCGGCACCGGAAAGUCCGAGGGGAGAAAGCGCUGCUCGUUUCCGCUAACCAGACGCUGAAAGAGCUGAAAAUACAGAUCAUGCAUGCAUUUUCAGUUGCUCCCUUCGACCAGAACUUGUCCAUCGACGGGAAGAUGCUGAGCGACGACACCGCCACGCUUGGCAGCCUGGGAGUCAUCCCCGAGUCCGUCAUUUUGUUGAAGGUCCUGGGCCGGGAGGGGCCGUUCCCACUCAUCCUCCUGCCCCAGUUUGGGGGUUACUGGAUCGAGGGCACCAACCACCAGCUGAGCGAGGCACCCGAGUCCCCCCUCACCCCAGCAACCAGCACCCGGGCAAGGCUGGAGGGCAACCACACGGCCAAGAUCUACCGCAAGCACUUCUUGGGCAAGGAGCACUUCAACUACUACUCCCUGGACCCGGCGCUGGGCCACCUCGUCUUCUCCCUCAAGUACGAUGAGCAGGAGCACCUCCACCUUCUGCUGCCCACCCGAGCCCGCACCCUGCACGACGUGGUGCCCAUCUCCUGCCUGGCCGAGUUCCCCAACGUGGUGCAGAUGGCCAAGGUGGGUGUGACACCUCUGGCAGCACCCAUGGGUGCCCCCCGACCCUGA